AUGUCACUCCUACAAUUACCUCCAGAGCUGUUAAUACAGGUCAUGGAUUAUGUAGGCUCAUCAUUCUUCGCUGAGGACUUGGAACGCCUCAUAAUCUGCAAAUAUUGGUUCAGCGUUGCUUGUUCUGCAUACUUCAAGCACCUCCGACUUUGUCAAAAGACACUGCGACGUUUGCUGUCUUCUCAAUUUGUAGAUAGGAACCUGUCUCUAGUCAAAGACAAUUUGGAGUUUCUGGAUAUUGAUCUGAAGGGAUUUGAAGACUGGAACUACGAGUAUUUGCCAGGAUCUCCGAGUGACCCGCAGGAUUUAUAUUAUUCGGAUAUGACCUCAACAAAGCCGAUACUCGCUGUAUGGACGACAGUCUUGAAUCACGACCUAACUCAACUAUACAUGACAGCUGAACAGUCUUGGAAAUUUCGAGGACUGCAUAUCCGGGCUUGGAGCGAACGCCAUCCUCAUUUCCAUCUUCGGCCCCGCCGCGAUUAUCUCUUCCUCUCCACGGUACGAACCCUACUGAUGGCUGAGCAUUUGUCUGUCCUGGAGCUGGAUCUUUGUGGCACGCUCCUGGUCCCACGAGACGAGGAUGGCGAUGACCCCCACAUUUGUACGAGUAUCAGUGCCCUUCUCCCAACCCUAAGUCGUCUCAAACUACGUAUGCGCAGCAUCUGCGCUGGUGUUUUGACCCCCAGUCGCCAUGAUACCAAGUCACUGUUAAAAGAGGUACUCAUCAACCUUAGCCUGUCCAAUGAGUCACCCUUGAUCACGUCGGCGGCACACUCCACACCAUGCGACGUUGCAGGAGGGGGAACUGUUCAAUUGAUGGCGGAUAUCGAAGACCAAGCAAAAGCUCUUGUAGCCUGCAUGGAGUCUCCCAAAAUCGUAAGAAUCUUGACCCAUACGCUUCCAAAUCUCGAGUUACGAUCAUUGGACGUCUUGACCGGUAAAUCCAUGACAAUGACCAAGGACAUGGCUUGGGAAGACGACGGCGAAGCUAUUGUUGAGAACGAGCCAGACCCAGGGUCCGACUAG